AUGACACAAUUUAGCAUAGAGGAUUUACCUUAUGAAAUAUUUGACCAUAUUUUCUAUUAUUUAUUACCGAGUGCCGAGACAAGGAAAGUGACUGGGUUUAAUGACUUGUUGGCUAUUUCUCAUACAAAUAGAGCAUUGAGAGAGAGGAUGAGAAAUAAUUCGUUUUUUUGGAGUUCGGUCUUUGCUAGAUUUACAGUUUUUGUAUCAACCUAUUUUGUGGAAGAUUUUCCUUUGGUUUUUGAUUGCGAAAAGGAAUUUUCUAAUUGUUCUGUGGAUCAGGAAAAUGGAAAUUAUUAUUAUUCGUUGUUGAAGGAAAUUACAAAAGAAUACAUCAUGUGGUUGCAGUCGUUUUGCGACUUGUCAUUGAUUAGAAAAUUAGAAAUACCAAUACCUGUGGAUGAUUCACCUGAUGAAAUUAUGAAAUUAUGGUCCGAAAAUACUACCAUGUUGUCUUACCUAUUAAUGUAUCCGGUUGAUGUAAAAUUGAGAAUGGAGACAUUUAUUGAAAAAUCCAAGAUAUCCUUCUCCCAUUUAGAUAGUUUGGAUAUUUUCGAUGGAUUUGUGGAUCCACACUCUAUUAUUCACACUCCAGUUGGAAGUAAUUUGAGAAAGAUAGCUUUGGACAUGCCAAAAGAGGCAAAAGUUCCAAGGGAAUCAUUUAUUAAGAAUUUUGUUGAGAGUUGUAAAAAUUUAUCGAAAUUAGAAACUGUUGAAUUAUGUUCGGAAUGCUUAUCUAUUACGGACGAAUUAUACGAGUCGCUUUUAUGUAUAGCACCAAAACUCAAAAAUAUUGGUAUUGAUAAUACCCAACACAAAUCAUUGGAGAAUUGGAACAAAUUGGCACCAAAUUUAACAGUUCUCAAACGGUUAUGCUUGCAAACUUGUUGUUCGGUUCAGUUAGAAAAUAAUCCAAACGCCAAAAGGUAUACAGGUGAUUAUAAGAUUUUUGUAGUGCCUCAUUCUGUUUCAGAUUUGACGGUGAUGGAUAAUAUUAAUGUUGGAGGUUUUUUUGAAGAGGUAACCUUUUCUGUUUGUUUCAAUGGUAUUUUACUACCUAAACUCAAGAAGUUGGAUUUACAAAUUUCUUGUGUGAUAACAGAAAACCAAAAACCAUUCCCAAAUUUGGAAUGCUUUUAUUAUGAUACUUUUGGGAAUUCUUUAACGGAUCAAAAGACUCUAUUCAACUUUUGGAUGAAUAAGCACGAAAAAUUAAAGACAGUACUAUUUAGCUCGCUACCAUCAGAGGUGCAGACAAAGAAACAAAAGGAAAAACAAGUACCCGAGUUGAUUCUCAAAAAGAAAUUGAAUCGAAUGAAAGCUCUCAAUAUUAGAUCCGACGCUGAACUCUAUAUUGAAGAUUGUCCAAUUCAAUUAACUGUUUAUAAUAUUGGUAGUAAAGCCACCAUCAAAGGAAGAAAUGUAAAGAGAAUUGGACUGAAUUUCAACGAAUCCCUUAACCAAGAAACUUCUGUGUAUGUGGAUGUUGGUAAAUGCAACGAUUUAGAUAUUGACUAUUCAAAAUCUUCCAAGACUCACAUACACAUUUCAGGAAAUAUUUCAAACCUUGAAUUGAUUGCGUCUAGAGUGGAAAAGUUUGAAUUUUGCCAUAACAUUCAUCUUGACGAGACAGCUAAACUUUCACUUUCAUCAGUGUCAGUUCCAUCUCUAUUUUUACAACAACACGAACAAGAUGACUUGGCGAGAAUUUCUGGAAAGUUUUGUGCAUUCCUCUCUCAAUUCUCCAACCUGAAGAACUUGAAGAUUGUGGUUCAUGAAGAUUACGUUUACAAUAUUGAUACACAACUUACUCCAGUCACUGAGGAUUUACUUCACGAUAUUUUCUCCAAGAAAUUCAACCUUGUCUCCAAUAUUAACUCUCUCGUCUACAAUCAGAGAGCAUUGAGUUUACACUCUUUCACAUCACUGCAAUAUUUAUAUUUGAAAGGUCCACACAAAUUCAAGUUUGUACAAAUACCCAAUCUCAAAAUAUUGGAAAUGAAUAGAUGUAACAUUGAAGGAGCUGAAGUUGAUUUAACUGGUAUGACACAAUUACAAUCAAUCAAAAUUUGGGAUAUGAGCUAUUUUAGCAUAAUCUUACAGGAGCAAAUGGAUCACUUGAAGCAUUUCCUAGUUUAUUCUAUCAAGGAGCUUAAAUCAAAAUUAUCAAUCAAAUCGAAAAAGUUGAGAAGCUUUAUCAUUACCAAGAUUGGUAAGCUAGCAAGACAUUCAUUUAUAGAAAUUAGUGAAACACCAAAGAUUCUAUUCAAGGUCAUUCAUUUACCAGACGAAUCAACACCAACCUCACCAAUCCCAACCUUUGAAGAUGACGAACCAGAAACAAUCUAUGAAGAUCAAGAAGACUGGAAUUAAACACAAUUCCUUAGAUUUUUCACACCAUAUAUAACUAGAUUUUAGGACAUUUAACACUUCGCUGCUCAAUGGCAUCUUCUACUCAGUGCAAACCUAUAACUCAUAACACUCGUUCGAGUAGGCAUGAAUUGUUUGCAUUGGAAGAUCAGAUUUCAUUCAGUUAUUGUAUAAACCAACUUUUGAGAGUACAUCAUUGUUGUAUAAAUCCUCAUAGGUUAACUAUAUCUCUAAUUUUUGCAGUACUGACCAUUUCCUUGAAUGACAACACUAUUGAGGGUUCACCUUUAAGGUAAUUAUAAGAACUAAACUCAUACAAUCAUACAGCAAUUCUCUCCUGAAAGUUCAACAACAAGAUGAGGUGUGUUACUAUUAUUGAUCAUCACGCUAAACUGAUAAGGUUAAUUUUAAAAUAUAAAAGAGAAGCAAGUUGAAACGG